GAGAAAAAACUUUAUUUAUCUGAAAAAAAUUUAAGCAAAGAAGUUAAGAAAAGAGCAACCGCCGAGUUUCUUGCUGGUUCUUCUGGAUAGAAAAGGCAUUCCGAUCCUGUGGUAGAUAUACGUGGCUAUCAGUCGCCUCGGAGACGACGGGCAGGCGACAUGACUUGGGGAAUAAUAGCUUCGAUGCUUUUUGCCAGUUUCGGGUUUGGUGGCACAUUUUCCUAUGAGCGGUCGGAAAAACUAUGCUUUCCUGAUGAUUUCAUAUUCGGCGUCGCUACUGCCGCGUACCAGAUAGAAGGGGCAUGGAAUACAUCAGGAAAAGGUGAAAGUAUCUGGGACAGAUACACCCACGAGAGACCAGACCGUAUCUUCGACCACCACAAUGGCGACGUCGCGGCAGACUCCUACCACUUGUUCCGGCAGGACGUCAGGAUGCUGGAGUACCUCGGCGUUCAGCAUUACCGCUUCUCCAUAUCUUGGCCGAGGACCUUGCCUAGCGGGUUGAGCAAUGAAAUAAACGAAGAUGGCAUCAGAUAUUACAUGGAGCUGCUCGAUGAGCUGAACAGCCAUGGUAUCAGCCCAAUAGUGACGAUGUACCACUGGGACCUACCUCAGGCCUUGCAGGAUCUGGGAGGCUGGACCAACCCUAUUAUUGCUGAGUACUUCGUGGAUUAUGCGCGAGUACUCUUCGACCAUUUUGGCGACAAAGUAAACGUUUGGUUGACUUUCAACGAGCCGCUAUCCUUCUGCCACGACGGGUAUGGUGGCUUGGACGCACCGGGCGCGCACUCCAGUGGCUUUGAAGACUAUCUGUGUGCCCAUAACGUGCUCAGGGCUCAUGGCAUGGUGUACCGCUUGUAUAUGGACCAGUACAAGGACAAAAUAAAGAGCGUUGGUAUCACGCUGGACUUCUCGUGGCUGGAACCGGCUACGACUUCUGAUGCAGACCAGAAAGCUGCGGAGACUGCAAGACAAUUUUAUUUCGGAUGGUUCGCUCACCCAAUCUUCUCCAAGACCGGAGACUAUCCUCCAAUCAUGCGAGAGAGAGUCGACACGAUAUCCAAACGUCAACACUUCACUCGCUCCCGUCUGCCAAGCUUUACUCCAGAAGAAGUCGAAAUGAUUCGAGGUUCCUCCGAUUUCCUCGGCCUGAACCAUUAUACUACUUACUUGAUAGCCAAGAACAAGGGGAAGAUAUCGCUAACACCGUCCUUUGAGGCUGAUAUGGGUGGAAUUGUGUCGCAAAAGAAAGAGUGGCCCAAGUCCAAUUCAACUUGGUUAAAAGUCGUUCCAUGGGGAUUCAGGAAGUCCCUCAAUUGGGUCAGGCUGGCAUACGACAACCCCACAGUCUUUAUAACCGAAAACGGCAUGUCCUUGGAGCGAGGCUUGAAGGACAGCCGUCGUAUCAACUACCUGGACGGUUACCUCAAAGCCCUGUUGACGGCCAUGACGAAGGACAACUGUCGAGUGGUUGGGUACACUUACUGGAGCUUGAUGGACAAUUUCGAGUGGACCAGAGGAUUUUCAGAGCGUUUCGGUCUCUAUGAGGUGGACUACGAUUCGCCCAAUAAGGUUCGCACCGCUAGAUCUUCUGCCGAGUACUUCAAGCAACUGGCCCAAACUCGCUGCAUACCUACAUGGAAUUAUACAGUAUAAUAUCUUGUAUAAUAUCUAAUAUGUAAUUAUAAAAUAUCUUUGAGAGCACUAGGUUUAGAUCUGUCAAUCUAGUUUAGAUAGGAUGUGACUUGUGUAAGACAGAAUAACACUCCUAUCUGUAAUCUGCCGAUAGAUUACUUGGCAUUUGGCAACAUUGGUAUAAUUAGUCAAAAAUUGUAUGAUUAAAUUUGUAUGGCCUUUUUUGACAGUCAACAACGUCGCUAACGUUCGUUUUCAAUAUUCAAUCUACUUAUCUGUAGUAGCACCAUACAAUUUUUGACAAAUAACAACGUUGCAAAGUAACUUAACUCCAGUUUACAGAUAGAUUAAAUAUUGAAAAUGAUGUAACUUAUCCACAGAUAUCUGUGAUCAAUUAUUAUUAUUCUUUUUGGUCGUUAGCCAUAGUAUUUAAGUAGGUAAGUAAGUAGGUAUAUAGGUUCGAUAGAUGUAUUC